AUGUCUACCGGAGACCCUGGGUCCCCACUGCCGGCACCGCCACCACCGGUAUCCGCCACCAGCGUCCAGCCCCCCCGCGACCGGAUCCCGAUAAGCUCGAAGAAGACGCAAGUCACGGGCCCCGCCACCGCCGCACCCAACUAUGCUGCCGCUGCGAGUCAGAUGGCGGCUCAAACACCUGAACAACAGCAACAACAACAACAGCGUGCCAAGGCUCUGGGCAGCCUCCUACAAGCCAUGGGUGCUGUACCCGGAAACCGUAUGGAUCGCUGGGUCCAGGCCAUCUACUUCGCCGAACUCUACCCCGUCGCCACCGCCACAUCGCUGAAAUUUUCGGCCUUGAACGCGAACCGGUCCGUCGAGAACAUCUUCGAUUACGCCCUUGAAGUGACUCUGUCUCACCAGAGCGCCUCGCGAGCGACUCAUGCCGACAAGAUCGAUCUCGUGGCCUGCGUCACGAGGCUGCUAUCGCCCAUCUCUCCUAUCUGCUUUGAGCCUGGAGUUCCUCUGCCGGACCAUCUUGCGGCUUAUCAACCACAGAUCUUAGGCGUACAACAUUCAUCAAUCCUGCGUAAUGGGGCGGCUCACCAUCGCGUUACGGUUGGGUUCGUCACCGGCGAGGCACGUGACGCGGCGCUCACGACGCCCCCCGCUCUCACUUGGCGAUCGGCGAAGGCCCGCUUCGCGAAGUCUCACAGGUUCCACCAUAACAUGGUCGAGCUUCGAAUCAACGUCGGUGUUCAAGGAGUGCCCUCCAUGGAUGCCAUCAUCAAAUCGUUCCAAUCACUUGUGCAAGACCUGUCAGCCAAGGGACAUUCAUGCCAACUUGUGCAGGUUCUGCGCGUUAUCAGCGUGGACAACGCCUCGGCCUUCGCCCACGUUGCCGGAGACUACUCGGCUUUCCUACACUUCGAUGACGACUCCCUAUUCCAACGCCCCAACACGACCUUGAAGGAGAUUCUACCUUCGAGGAUCGACCUUCCCACUCGAGGCAUCCCGGUUACCGCCCUUCGCCAUGACUAUGAGAAGGAGGCGGCUUGCGGUAGGUGCCACUUUGUGGGUCACGUGGGAACCUGCGGACUGGAUCAGGAGAGGAAGCGGAAGGAGGCUCACAACGGCAUCAUCAACAGCAACAAAAACACCAUCACCCACAACACCAACAUCGCGGAGGCCGAGGCCCCCAUUCCUGCACUGGUUGUUAACAGGAUCGCAUCACAGAAUCACUUCGCCGGGCUCGAGGUCGAGGAGGGACAGGAGGAAGAGGUAACUGGCCAGGGCGAACAGGGACCGGAGGAAUCGGGGGAGGAAGACGCUGGUGAUAAGGCGGAUGACGAGGACUCGGAGGACUCGGAGAUGGAAUCGGAGGCGGCCGCGAAAACGGAGGUCAUCAAAAUUGAAAGCGAGGACGAGUCGGUCUUGGAGGACUGCAGCGGAUCCGAUGGAGAGGUGAUUGAUGAGAAUGAGGUGAUGGCGGAUGAAAGAGGUGAAACGGGAGGAGAGGUGGCUACGGAGAUGGAGGAAGAGGAGGUGGCGACGGAGGUGGGCGAUGUGGACGAAGCGAGGGGAUCGACGAAAGCGGAGAAUGCGGAAGCGACGGACUUAGGGGAAACGAACAGGCUGGACAAUGACGACGACAGCGACGCCACAGCAACCGCCGCCACCGCUUCCCGCGAAUCGACGCCGCACGAACCAACCCCACCUCUGUCACCCGAAACUCUCGCCAAGUCGCUACGCGAGGGGGAGGAGUGGGACAGGAUCAGAGCUAACUGGGUUGAGCAGGCACGACUUGAGCGGGACCAAAGCAUCGAGAGGAGGCUCAACGCUGAAACCCCUUUGGUGCGUCACAACUUUGCCACGUGGGACGAGGACGGUGAGAUACGCUCCAUCAACAUCAGGGGGACCGCUGCGAAGUUCAAGAAGCAGGUGAUGAAGAGGUCGCAGACUGCGGCGGACCUCAGUGACCCAAGUGACGAACCGACCGACGCCAAGCGAGUCAUCAUCAAAGGGAAGGGCCGCGUCGUGGUGAAGGAUGGAAUAGAGGGGCGGAGGGUGACGAGGUCGAUGUCGGCGGCAGCGGCGAUGCAGGUCGAGGUGACGAAGGUGGACAGAGGGAAAGGAAGAGGGGUAGCUGAGGAAAAACGAUGGUCCGACCACGAGCCCGAGGACGAUGUCCUGCCCGCCCUUCCCCUCUUUGAGGACGUCACCACCGCCAAGAGCGCCUCGACCUCGACUACCCAUUAAUGAUCAAGCACACCAUCAUCACCUGGAACGUAAGAAGGGGCAUGGGGGUCCCGGAAAAACGACGUAAUAUCUACACCUACCUUUCCACAUUUAAAGCUUCCGCGAUUCUCUUACAAGAGCAUUUCAUCAGACCACAAUUCUGGCAGCUCAUCAAGGACGAGUACGAGGGCAAGCUCUUCAUCAACCAGCACUGCCUGACCCUGAUCCCGGCCGACUCGCCCCUGAUCGACGCCGAGCUCUUGCGCACCCACUCGGCACUCGACGGCCGGCUCCUCGUCACCUCCUUUCGUCUGCGGGGCGACAUCAAAAUUCUAGAAAUCAAUAACCUCUACGCGCCCGUUGACCCAAAACAACGAGCAAAAUUCUUCGACAAACUGAUCCUCCACAAAACACAGAAAUCCCACCUCCGACUCCUUGGCGGCGAUCUCAACGACUGCCCGCGCCCAGAAGUCGAUCGGCGGAACCAAAGUCGGCGCGGCCACCACUGGCCGAUUCUGAUGGGCAAGCUCGACUCGGCCUACACGGACUGCAUCCGCUACAAGCACCCCAUCACCCCAUCUUUCACUCGACCUAAUCCCAAUCGCAAGCGACCCAACUCCUUCUCCCGGCUUGACUACUUUCUCCUACAAAGAGCUCACCAAAAAAGGCUCGACCAGGCCUCGACGAUCUACGACUAUCCCAAGGAUCUUUCCGAUCACCGACCGGUCUUGAUCGUACUAGCUCUCUCAGACGAUCUUGAUGCGGCUCUCCCACAGCUCAGCCUACCUACCACAUCCGACCAACUACAUCGAAUCAAUACCACAACCUUCAAGACGGUGGAAUUUCAGCGGAUGAUGGAAGGAUGGUUGGAAGGGGCAAGCGGGGAGGAUCCGGUGCGAGAGCUUGAGGAGGUUCUGGAGGCGUGCAGGGACAGGGGUGGGGAGAUGGCGAGGAGGCUGCAUCGGGAGCGGACGGAACGGAUGGAGUAUUUGGUGGGGAGGGUGCAGGAUCUGGAGGCGUUACCGGUAUGGGGGGAGGCGGAAACGGCAGAAUGGACAAGGACGUCCGAGGAACUCAAGCGGGCGGUCGAGGAGCGCGCGCGCCUACUCCGGAUCCGAGCCCACGUCCCCGAGAUCGCUUCCGAGGAACGACUGUCGCGGCCGGUCCACGCCAAGCUCGCGGCGCGGAACUCGGACUCCAAGAUCACAGCACUGCGCUUGGGCAACGGAGAGCUAACGCAUGACAUUGAUGUCGCUCUUGACCACACGCAGGCGCAUUUCCAGCGCCUCUACCACAUCGAGCCUCGUGAUCCGGAACGCGUCGACCGACUUCGGGACGAACUCCUCGUGCCGAUCAGGGCGGCACGGACUUGCGACGACCCGCGCUCAGAUCCGCUCUUUCUGCGCCGACUCUCGGAAGCGCAGAUUGAUCUCCUCCAGCAACCCAUCACCGAGGACGAGGUCGUGGCCGCGAUCGGGACGACGCACCCGGGGAGAUCGCCGGGCCCGUCGGGCGUGCCUUACGAACUCUAUCAGACCGCACCGGAGGCGUGGUCCAAGGUGCUGACCAAGGCCUACAACGCGAUGAUCGAGCGCGGUUCACUCUCUCCCAAGCAGGGCCAGGGACUCGUGCGCCUCAUCUUCAAGCGCCACAAGAAGAAUGCCGAUCGCGCCGAACUCUCGUCGUAUCGCCCCAUCACCCUGCGCGAGUGCGAUUACAAGAUUUUUACCAAGGUCUACGUCGCCCGAUUGAACCAAAUUCUGCCCGAUCUCCUCCCGCCGCAGCAGCACGGCUUCGUCAAGGACCGCCGAUCGGCCGACGCUGCACUACACCUUCGUCUCCUGAUCGAGGAACUUGGCGCGCGCAGGACCGAGUUCCCCGCGGCCGCGCUCUUGUCUCUUGACCAAUCAUCCGCCUACGACCUCGUCGAGCAUGACUGGAUCUUUGCCAUCUUCGACGCUCUGGGCGCUCCUACCACCUUUCUUCGCGUGCUGAGGAUGCUCUACUCGGGUGACUCGACCUCGGCGCGCUACAUCAUCAAUGGGUUCCUGACGGCGCCGGUGCGACUGACGUGUGGGCUCGGCCAAGGGGACCCGGCGUCAUCGUCGGUCUGGGACAUCGUGUUUCAGCCGUUCCUGGAUGCUCUACACCGUCGAAACAUCGCGCUGAAUCUCUCCAUACCUGCACUUCAUCCGUACCCACAGAGCCGCGCCAUUACAUCACUUGCAUUUGCCGAUGACGUUGUCGUCGCCGUCGCGGGCUUGGAGUCACUCAACUUGCUCGAUGACCUGGCGCUCGACUGGAGGCAUGCAACGAAUGGCCGGCUCAACACGGACAAGACGGUCGUCCUACCGAUUGGACGUCGCUGGGACCCUGGGGAACGGCCAAUCGUCGUCAAGGCCGCAGGCGAGUCGCUCGAGUGGAUCGGCCUCCCCUUCGACCCCAGCGGCGACACCGAACUCGCCUACGCGAAUCUCAUCGAACGGCUCGAGGCGACGCUGGAAGCGGUUCAGCAUCGCUGGCUCACGCACCACACCCGUGCCUUUUACGUCAAUCGGUACGCCAUUCCCAAGAUCCUGCAUUUCCUUGCAGCCGACAUCCCGCCGCCCGAAGUCGUCAAGAAGCUCGAUGACAUGCUCGUCGAUUUCGUCCGUGGGGGCAAGGGCAGGACCAGCUACGGCAGAGACAUUGUGUUCACCGCCAAGAACAAGGGGGGACUCGGGGUGAUAAGGAUGCGGGACGUUGUGGACGCGGUUGCGGCACGGCUCUGGGACGUUCUUCUCGGCGGUUCCGGCGCGAUUUGGCAAGGACUUGCGCGCGCAUCACUCCAGCGAGCUCAGCCCGACCUCGACCUGGCCACCGAUCUCUGGCCACAUCCAUCCACUCCCAUCCCCAACGACCUUCAUCCCCGAUGGCACGCCGCACUGGGCGUUCCGAAACUUCACGACGCGCAGGUCAACCCGAGGGCCUUGACCACCGCGAACUUGCUCGCGCUGCCCACCCUGCUCGGCAGCCUCCACACCCCCAUCAGAGGGAGACAGACCAUCGACGCGGUUCAUGUACCUGACUACCUUCGUCUCCAGGGCUACCCGAAGGUGGCGGAUCUCUAUCGACGCGAGUUGUAUGCGGGUGGGGGGUUUCACCUCUGGACGCCGCCGGCGGAUGUGCUCGGCGACAACAGCGAGUACGAUCGACGCGGGCUCCCGCAGCGACUGGCAAUCGCGGCCUGGUACCGGUUCACUGUCGAUCGACACAAGAACACCCCCUUGGCGGCGGCGGUGGCGGCGGGACGACUCAACGUGCCUCCCCGGAUCGGCACCAGCGCACCACUCGAGGCGAUCAUCCCCAAGCCCGUGGCCCGCUUCGCAAUGGAGCAGCGCCUUCCGGACCCGGUGCUUCCACAACAGGCGAGCCAGUAUACGCUGCUGAACAUGGCUCGCCCCUACACAGUCCGUCGCAUCCGCCGGGUCCUGAACGCGAAGGCAUUUACCAACAUGCUUGGGCUCAAGGGACCACCGCAGCCGGACGACCUCAGGAGCUUCUGGAAGGCAGUCAACUCGAAGGCACUGACGGCGAGGGAGAGGGAAGUUUGGUUCAAGCUGAUCCUCCGCUUCACCCCGACGCGCAAACUCCAGCACGAGCAAAAGCACGACACUUCUCCCGCGUGCCUCGUGUGCGAAGCGCCGGUGGACGACACCGAUCACUACUUCUUCGGCUGCGUCGACUCGCGGAACAUCUGGACCGCGGCAAGGGGCGUGCUCUGCGACGCGCUCGGAUGCGACACGAUCGAGGACGCCGAGUACACGACACUACAACGACUCUUUGGCCUCCCCAAGCUCAAGGCCAAGCUCAGCGAACAGGAAGGCGCAGGCAGGACGAUCGAGAUCUUCACGGGGAUGGUCUUGGAGAUGAUCAGCAGUGGGAGAUGGAGGAUGCAGAAGCACGGGACGAGGAUGGAAAGCCUGGAGCGGAGGAGGGUGGUACUGGAGGAGAGGAUGAAGUUGAGGGCGGGGGGAGCAAGGGGCGGGCGAGGGCAGUAG